AUGGGCGGCUACCUGAGCCAGCCUCCCCCGCAGCCGUCGCCCCUCGUGGUCCUCGACGGAGGUCCCCCGGACAACCCGGAGCACCUGGGGCAGGCACACCUGCUCCCCGCGGCCUGGAGCCCGUACCUGGCUCCCCGGCUGUGGGAGGAGCUACAGCCGCCCUCGCCCAGGAGGCGCCGUGGUUUCCGCCGUCGGGGCGCCCCGGUGCAACGCCGGGGUUCCCCCAGCCUGCAGGCGCGCUGUCUGUUCCUGGGGGUGCUGGCUUCGGCGGCUCGCGGGGGUCUGCAGAGGAAGCCGGCCCUGUGGGACUGCGGCGCCAGGAUGCUGUGCACGUCGGUGGUGCUGAGGCUGGCGUCGGCCAAGGGCAAGCUGUUGCUGCGCCUCGCCCUGCAGCACACCGUCACCUGCCUGUGGACCUCGCUCUGUGUCUACCUGCCCAGCCCCUACGUCAAAGAGGCCCUGGCCAGGGCCCUGGAGAAGCCCGGCCCACCCAGCCUCCAGAGCGACGAGCACCCAGGCACCCAAGAGGAAAGCCGCUUGGAGCCGGGGGGGCAUCGGGGAGGAAAGACGCUGGGUGAGCACUGCGGGGCUUCCGAUGGCAGCCAGCGCCCCAAGUCUGCCUUCCGGCGCCUGAUGGUCCACGGGGUUCUGUCUUCCUUCGAACCCAGGCCCGGGCCCCUGAAGAGAGACGUGGCUGCCCAGAGAGCAGACAGCAAGGCGAGGAGGCCCUCCCACUCCGGCGCAGUGAGCUUCCGCGGGCCCCGCAACGCCAUCACCAGCUCGUACAGCUCCACGCGCGGGCUCCCGACGCUGGGGGGCAGCCUGGAGCGCGCCACCGAGUCCCGGGGCCCCGCCUCGCCUCGGCCGCCCUGCACCCCCCGGAGGGCCCCCCGGACCAGCCCCCCGCCCCGCAUCCCCGCCUCGGCCCAGCCGACACCCAGGCCCGCCUCGGACCCCCCAGUGCUGGGGUCCGAUGCAGGGCGCCGCUCCUCCCCGGACCAGGGCUCCAGGCCCCGCAGGCGCCGCACCUGUCUGCUGCUGCCCGCCAGGAGGGAGGACGCCCUGUGCCUGCCCCUGCCCCCACAGCUGGGCUACGGGGUCACCCCAGAGGACAUGGACGCUGAGAGGAGGGCGGCCAUCCAGAUGAUCAACAGGAUCCUGGAAGGAUGAUGGAGCUAAAACCCGAAGCGAUUAACUAGUGAGGUGACAUGGUGACUUCGUGACCAUCUGCCUGUGAGCUGACCCCGGCUCCUGAGGGUCUCAGUUGCACUCUGAGCCUUGAGUGCCAUGUAAGACCCUCGUAGGCUAAUUUUGAUACUUAAUAAGACAAUUAUCUGGAGUGCUA